AUGUGUGGGGCGGAGCUAUCAAGUGCAGUGCGUCCCAAAGAUGAUGGGGGCAUUGCCUGUGCAGUGCGUCCCAAAGUAGAUAGGGACGUUGCCCGUGCAGUGCAUCCCAAAGUAGAUGGGGGCAUUGCCUCUGCAGAGCGUCGCAAACCAGACAAGGGCAUUGCCUCUACAGGGCGUCCCAAAGUAAACAAGGGCAUUGCCUCUAAAGAAUGUCCCAAAGUAGACAAGGGCAUUACCUCUAAAGGUCGUCCCAAAGUAGAUGUGGGCAUUGCCUCUGCAAAGCAUCCUCAAGUAUAUAGGGGCAUUGCCAGUGCUGUGCGUACUCAAGUAGACUCCGUUCCAACAGGAGAGCUAGACAAAGAUCAUAUUUGUUGGCGUUACAAAUUUGGUGCCAGGCUGGGUGAAGGAGGAUUUGGAUCAGUGCGAAAAGGGACUCGCUAUAAGGAUAGUCUUAAGGUGGCUGUGAAAUAUGUCCAAAAGACGAAACAUACGACAUAUAUCAGCACUGCUUUUCACCCCAAACCUCUUCCUUUAGAGAUUGCAUUGGCAGUCAUCAUCAACAGGAAACCCAACUGUCCACAUAUAAUUGAAAUGCUGGACUGGCAGGAUGACCCAGACUACUACCUCAUAGUCUUGGAGCGCCCCGUGCCAAGCAUGGAUAUGGGGAAAUUUCUGAAAUGCAGCGGAGGUGUCCUCAGCGAGCAGAUAGCACAGUACCUCAUGUGGCAAGUAAUUUAUGCCGCUAACUUUUGCUGCUAUCGUGGCGUUUUCCAUCGUGACAUCAAGCUGGAAAACGUGCUCGUGAACCCGACAACGUUGGAGAUCAAAUUGAUUGACUUCGGGUGUGGGGACCUCGUGAAGGAUUCAGGCUACAGUGCCUGCUGUGGUACAAAACCAUACUUCUCUCCAGAAUAUCAUGACAGAGGCAGAUAUCAUGCAAAGCCCGCGACAGUGUAUUCACUAGGGGUGCUCCUGUUUGCAAUGCUGCAUGGGCGUUUUCCAAAAGCCAGAGACUUGUACUGCUUGGGCAUCAACCAGUCUGUAUUUGCGGUGUCACAUGAAUGCAUUCGUUUUUUGUGGGCUGGUCUGCAGCGUCAUCCAGAGCACAGGAUUGCCCUGGAGCAGAUGCUUUACCUUGACUGGUUUGUGUUAGGUUUUCCUAAUCCCCUGCCAAUUAACCGGAAUGCAUCUAAACAGCAUUCAUGUCAUCGAUGA